AUGGGCAGAGCAGCGAGAUGGUUCAAGGGUAUUUUCGGUAUGAAAAAGAGCAAGGAGAAAGAGAACCGAGUUUCCGGCGACGGGGAAUAUUCCGGCAAUGGAGGAGGAGAAGCUGGUGGAUCCCACAUUCACCGGAAAGUUCUCCAAGAAGACUCCGUCUGGCUAAGAACCUACUUGGCGGAAACAGACAAGGAACAGAACAAACACGCGAUAGCGGUUGCUGCCGCCACUGCCGCAGCCGCAGACGCGGCGGUUGCAGCUGCUCAAGCUGCCGUCGCGGUGGUUAGGCUAACAAGUAACGGAAGAGCCGGAGGAUAUUCCGGCGGGAACGGAGUGGAGCGGUGGGCUGCCGUGAAAAUUCAAACAGUCUUCAAGGGCUAUUUGGCGAGGAAAGCAUUAAGAGCUUUGAAAGGGCUAGUAAAGCUACAAGCUUUGGUGAGAGGAUACUUAGUUCGCAAACGCGCCGCCGAAACGCUUCACAGCAUGCAAGCUCUCAUCAGAGCACAAACUAGCGUUCGGUCUCAACGCAUCAACCGCAACAACAUGUUACAUCCACGACAUUCCCUUGAGAGGUUUGAUGAUUCAAGAAGUGAAGUCCAUAGCAAGAGAAUGUCAAUCUCUGUCGAGAGACAUAGUUACAACAACAACAUGUACGAUGAGACCAGUCCCAAGAUUGUUGAGAUUGACACUUACAAGACAAAAUCAAAGAGAAUGAAUGUUGCUGUAUCGGAAUGUGGCGAUGAUUUUAAUUAUCAAGGCAAAGAUUUUGAAUGGAGUUUUCCAGGAGAUAAAUGCAAGUUUCCUACGGCUCAAAACACUCCAAGAUUCUCUUCAUCGAUGGCGAAUAAUCAUCAUUACUAUGCACCGCCUUCACCGGCAAAAAGCGUUUGCAGAGACGUUUGUUUCAGGCCGAGUUAUCCUGGUUUAAUGACACCGAGUUAUAUGGCUAAUACGCAGUCGUUUAAGGCCAAGGUGCGUUCCCAUAGCGCGCCGAGACAGCGUCCUGAUAGAAAGAGGUUGUCUCUUGAUGAGAUUAUGGCGGCUAGGAGUAGCGUUAGCGGCGUGAGGAGGGUCCAACCGCAACCGCAAUUACUGCAACGGCAACAAGAAAAACGUUUUUAUGAUCAUCAGUUUCCUCAAGAACCGGCGGAUUUUAGAUUCUAUAAUUAG